AUGUCUUCUUUGGCUGAAAAGUUUGAUAGGGAUGGAUUUGUUGUCAUUGAAAAUGUUUUCAAUGACGAUGAGAUUUUGGAAAUGAAAAAAGAAAUUGAGAAAAUCGUGGAUGGUAUGGAUUUAUCCGAACAUCCAAGAUCUGUAUUUUCCACGUAUGAUGAAGACAAACAUGCUGCUGAUGAUUAUUUUUUGAAUAGUUCUGAUGAAAUUCGAUUCUUUUUCGAAGAAGGAGCUGUUGAUAAGAAUGGUGAGCUAACAGUUCCAAAAAACCUGGCAAUCAAUAAAAUUGGACAUGGAUUGCAUUUUCUCAAUCCACUUUUUCAACGAAUGACGUUUCACCCAAAUAUUCAAAAAACUUUCCAAGAGAUCGGAUAUAAGGUUCCGGAAGUUGUACAAAGUAUGUAUAUUUUUAAACAGCCAAAGAUUGGUGGAGCUGUCACAGAUCAUGUUGAUUCAACAUUUUUGCGAGUUGAUCCAAUUGAUCAUUUAACUGGAGCUUGGAUUGCUAUCGAUGAGGCGAGUGUUGAAAAUGGAUGUUUGAGUUUUAUUCCGGGAAGUCAUAAAGGUUAGUUUAUAUUUUUUUUUCAAAAUUUUGAAUUCUAUUUGAGAAUGAGAACUCUUAGGUUCAACUUUCAUUUUGAAAAAAAAGUUUUGCAUAAGAAUAGAAUCCCUUAAAAGUAAAUAUCUUCAAAUUAUAGCACCUUUUUUCAUCAAAAACAAGAAUUUCCCCCUGAUGUUUAUAACUUAAAAUUAAAAAAGUUCAUGUUCAAAUGUGAUCAUUCGGAAAUAUCAAAAUUCAACAAAACAGUUGAAUUUAUCAUACUCUCUAAUUUACCCAAAAUUUUUGAAAAAAUUUAAACAUGGGUUACAACUUCUUAAACCACACAUGAAAUCAACUUGAGAUCAAACACUCAAAUAUAAUCAUUCUUGCAAAAUCACAGAUGACAAAUCCUCACAAAAGCUGACUCACCCAAUUUGGAAAAUGUCAAAACUUCAUGAAAAACAAAAAAGACCCAUAAUUAUGUAAUUUUUGAUUUCAGACACUUCAACAUCUGAUUAUCAAUUCAAACGAACACAUGACACAAAUGGAGGAGCACUUUUGAAAUUCUCUGGAACACGGCCAACUUAUGAUCAAUCAAAGUUUGUGCAUGUUCCAAUCGCAAAAGGAUCGAUGAUUCUGAUCCACGGACUUGUUGUUCACAAAUCUGAAGCAAAUACAUCUCCAAAUUCUAGACAUGCUUAUACAAUUCAUGUUAUGGAGAGAGAAAAUACUAAAUGGAAUCCAGAUAAUUGGCUACAAGAAACUGAUAAUUACAAAUUCCCAAAUCUUUAUAACGGAGUUCAAUAA